AUGUCAGAACAACGCCGAGAAGCUUUCAUCAAAAGAGACACCAAUGAAACAAAAAUACAGGUUGCAAUUAGUUUAGACGGAGGACCUGUCAGUAUAGCUCACUCUAUUCUUCCGAAGAAAAAUGAAAAGGAGGAACAUGCUGCUCAAUACACUGGAGGCCAACAAAUCAACAUUCAAACUGGUAUUGGGUUUCUUGAUCAUAUGUUCCAUGCAUUAGCCAAGCACUCAGGCUGGUCAUUACUUGUCGAGUGUAUUGGAGACUUACACAUAGAUGACCACCACACAAGUGAAGAUGUUGGUAUUGCGUUGGGGCUUGCAUUCAACAAGGCAUUAGGCCCAAUCAAAGGUGUAAAGAGAUUUGGUCACGGAUACGCACCACUUGAUGAGGCAUUGAGCAGAGCAGUCGUUGACUUGUCCAAUAGACCAUACGCUGUAAUCGAUUUGGGUUUGAAAAGAGAAAAGAUUGGUGAUUUAUCCACGGAAAUGAUCCCUCACAUUUUAGAAAGCUUUGCACAGCUGGCUUCUAUCACCAUUCACGUGGAUUGCUUGAGGGGUUUUAAUGACCAUCACAGAGCUGAAAGUGCUUUCAAGGCAUUGGCAAUUGCCAUUAAGGAAGCAACUUCCAAGACUGGUAAAGAUGACGUGCCAAGCACCAAGGGUGUUUUAUCGUAG